AUGGCCGAGCAAAAAUCACAACCCCUGAUUCUUAUAGCCGGAGCAGGCAUUGGCGGUCUCAGCACGGCCCUGGCGCUACACGCUGCCGGCUACACAGACAUUCACAUCUUUGAGGCCAGCUCACACCUGACAACACUGGGCGUCGGCAUCAAUGUCCAGCCAUCAGCCGUCCUGAUUCUUCGCAACCUGGGUCUGUUGCCGAGACUGCACGACAUUGGCGUCGAGACCAAGGAACUCAACUUUUACAGCCGUCAUGGCAACUCGAUUCUGUCGGAGCCGCGCGGAGUGGGUGCCGGGUAUACCAUCCCCCAGUUCUCGAUACACCGCGGAGAGUUCCAGAUGCUGCUGCUGGACGCGGUCAAGGAGCGUGUUGGUGCCGACCGCGUCCACCUUGGCCAUGCCUUUAUGGGUUACACGCAGGACGAGCAGUCCAUUACAGCCAACUUUGCCCGCCGAAACAGUGAAGAGCCAGUCGAGAUUCCGAGCAUGAGCGGAAGUAUUCUGAUUGCCGCAGACGGCAUCAACAGCACGGCACGACGCCUGCUCUACCCCAACGAAGGCCCGCCUCGUUUCUCUGGACGUAUUCUGUGGCGCGGUUGCAUUGAACGCGAGCCAUAUCUGACUGGAGCAUCAAUGAUCUGGGCCGGCCACGCGAACCAAAAGUUUAUUGCCUACCCAAUCAGCGGCUGCUCAGCACGUCGGGGCAAGUCUUUGGUGAACUGGAUCGCCGAGCUGCGGGUGCGCGACGAGAACGACCCGGACCUGACUCCACCGCCAGCAGACUGGACCAAGACCGUGCCGAAAGAGAAAUUCGCCGGGCCCUUUUCCGAAUGGACCUGUGGAGGUUUGCAAAUGAAGGACUUGAUCGAUAGUACCGAAAAAGUGUUUGAGUUUCCCAUGUGCGAUCGAGAUCCAGUGGAGCAGUGGUCAUUUGGCCGUCUCACCCUCCUUGGAGACGCUGCCCAUGCGAUGUAUCCAAUUGGAUCCAAUGGCGCGACACAAGCCAUUAUUGAUGCCGAGACGCUGGCAAAGUGUCUGGUCGAGAAGCCCACCGAUCUGCCCGGGGCUCUAAAGGCAUACCAAGAUAUGCGUCUACCUCCGACGGCACAGAUUGUCAUGGCUAACCGUGCAAAUGGCCCGGAUCAUGUAUUGCAGCUUGCGCAUGAGCGAGCCCCCGACGGCUUUGAAAACGUGUACGACAUUAUCCCCAAGGAAGAGUUGGAGGGCAUCGGUGCAGCAUACAAGGCCAUUGCCGGGUUUGAGCGCGACGCAGUUAACCAAAAGGCCAAGGACACGGAAUCGCUGCCUGAGAGAUUUGGCGUGUGA